AUGUCUCCGCACGUCAAGGUACUUGACUUCUUCAAAGACGGGUUGGACGGCUUCCGAUCAUCCCAGGCUCAGCUGCAGAUAUUAUGUGAAUCUCCGCGCCACGACGCUGCCUCUCCGCUACCUCAAGAUGCGGACCGCACCACCACUAGUACUACCCACAGCAGCGAGGCAGACACCACGAAGAGGAGUAAACCGCGUCUGCCGAGGCGCAUAGUCGUCCUGGACGCCUCGUUCAACCCGCCGACUACUGCGCACAUGCAGAUGGCCACGAGCGCGGUCCGCAGCGCCGGCGAUAGGCGGCAUACCAGGCUGCUGCUGCUGCUGGCCGUAAACAAUGCGGACAAGGCUCCGAAGCCGGCCUCGUUCGAGCAGCGGCUGGCCAUGAUGAACGCCCUGGCUCAGGAGGUUUACGAGGAGCUAUCUGGCGACGAUGACGAGUUGGAUGUAGGUGCUUCUGGCGGCGAGGAGGACGACGGCUACAGGUUUGGCAUCGACCUGGCGUUGACGACGCUCCCGUACUUUCAUGACAAGAGCGCGGCCCUCGCGGCCGUCGAGGAGACGGCGUUCGACCCUCCCCCGGCGGGGAGACACCCCGUAGAGCAGGUGUUUCUCAUCGGCUACGACACCCUGAUCAGGCUGUUCAACCCAAAGUACUACUCACGGACGGAAAACGGAGAAGUCGUCAACGGGAUCCGAGAGGCCCUUUCGCCGCUGUUCGGCCGCGCGAGGGCGCGCCUCACGCUCCGCGCCGACGCCGACUGGGGCGACAGGGAGGAGCAGCUAGCGUAUCUUGAGGCCGUCACGCACGGGGACGCUCUCGAGCAGGCCGGUGGGCUGAAGCAGUGGGCGAGUCGCAUCGACGUUGCCGAGAGCGGGGGCGCACCGGGCCUAGUUAGCAGCACGUCUGCGAGAGAGGCUGCCACCAGAGGGGACUGGGUUCGGCUCAGGGAGCUGGUGCCCCCGAGGGUGGCUGCUUGGGUCCAAGACGAGAGGCUUUACCAAGAGUCUGAGUAA